AACAGCUGGCAAGGCGCAAAUCCACAGAUACAGCUGUGGUGAAGCUCUUUGAAGCACAGAGCCAGACUACAGACUUUGGAUAGUAGUUCGGUUGAAGUGGUCGUACGGAAGAAGAUACCAAAGUUAACUUUGUUUGGAAAAAUGAAGAAAAAGGAAAAUGUAGGCAUGAUGAAGCAGAGUAAAUCAGCUAGUGACAUUGCGCAAGGAAUUCUGGACCGAAAGGAUGAUUUUCGCUGUAUCCAGAGCAGGCUGCGAACCAGGUCAUUGUCACAUGACAGUAUCUUUCUAUCUGAACAGCAUCAAUCAGAGCCUGAGCCACCAUGGGUUCUUACCCAGGAGAAUGUCCAUGGAAAAAUCCAAGCACUGCAAAUAAAACUACUGAUGCAAAAGAUGCAUCUAGGCCCACCACCUCAGGUGCUGCCUACUAAACAAACUGAAAACCAUGAACACGCCAGUGAAGUCCUGACCUUGUCCCAAAUACUGCCACCCAAGCUGAAGUCAUCAUCACAGGGAAUUUUUCCCCAACCAAUCAGCCUCACAAAGCCACCAUUUUAUUCCUCUGCACCCUCACCUGGGGUAGAUUUCAGUGCCCUUCCCCAGUCUAUCCCCUGCCUGGAUAACUCUGCUGCUCGUCAUCGGAUGUCCAUUAAGCCUCGGAAUCAGAGGGCCAGCACUAAGAGCAGAAGAAUGCCCACCUCAGAUGAAAGCAGACCUCGCUCAGAGAGUAUGAUCAUCCUGGAAAGACCUCUCACUGAACAUGAAGAAGACAACAGGAUAGCUGUCACCAAGGAAAUGACCCGUGUUCGCUCCUACAACUCGCAAAUAAUUAGGCCAGGGAAAGGUCUUAUCGUACCUGCAACUGAAAGCUCAUGUCCUGCUUCACCAUUAAAAUUACUGGUGGGAGCUGAUGAUGAUUCUCUCCAAUGUGCUAUAAGUCAAUGUAAUUUAAAGAAAGAGUCUGCUGCGAGCAAAACCACAGAUGUAGGCACUAAGCAGAUACUGAAUUUGGUAGAAGGAAUGGUUGUUAAACAUUCUAGCUCAGCUAGGCCCACCAGUCAUAAAGGAAGUGGAGACCUUAAGGCGAGUCUGUAUAGCUCCAAACCUAACUGCUUUGAAAGCAGUGUGGUGUCUACUGCAAGUCAUGUAUAUGCUCCAUGUCCCAUUUCGUUAGACACUGAGCAGCCUCCGCUGAAAACUGACAAGGAAUUGAAUUCGGUGACGACUCAUUUUAAGGGAAAUGCAUUGGACAGGAACAGAGUCCAAUUUACAAUGCAGGAAAGUUAUUUUAAAGACCAGCCACUGAAAUCCCUUUCACUGCACAAAAAUACAUCAAAUUUAUACAAAAAAACUGAGGUAACAAAUAUACAGCAAAUCUCCUUAAUGCCAUUUUCCAGUGAGGAAGGCUGCCUACAGGAUUCCACAACCCAACAACGGUCUCUAAGAUUUUCUGUCACCUCAGAUGAAAGUCAUGAGAGGCAGAGAACUAGAAGCUUUACUGGACAAAUGGAGCAAGCAGGAGGAAAGCAAGAACUUGUGUUCCCACUCAUAAAACCUUCAUCAAACAACAAAACACAGGAUGCAGACAUAAAUGCACAAGUAAAGCCAACAGGGAAUGAUCCAUCACAGGCAAAAGCUUCCAGCACUCCAGUAGUUUCAACCAAACCUAGAGAUCUGACAAUAACUCUGUGGUCUGUUGGUCAAGAAAGAAAGGACAGUCCAGCAAAUAAAACCCGAGACAUGGCAGUGGAGACUCACGACAGAGUUGAAGAGGUAAAUAAGACAAAUAAAGAUCUGAAAAUGAACAAGGACAGUAAGGAGCAGAAAGAGGAAAGGAAAGCUUCUGAAGUGAAGCUACACACCACAUCUCCAUCAGAGGUCACAGACAAACAGCACAAUACUGAGGUCAGGUAUAUGCCUUGGUUGCCAGAAUCGACUAUUGCUAUAGCUGUAGACCAGAAUGACAGCAAGGUAGGGCCUGUAAAAGAAACAGCCCUCAGAAGUCCUCCACUCUAUAACACUGAGCUCUUUAUCUCUGCUGAGUCUCCAGAAUUCUUCAGUAAACGACCUCAGAGUGCCAGAGGAGACCAAGACAGACCUGGACUUAAUAGAUUUACUGAUUUGCAGGCAUCAGCUUAUUUGCCAGAUUCAUCUUUUAACAUCACUAUGAGUACACCAACAUGUGUUCGCGAGAAGGGCUCUCUACUAACAGGUGCAAAAGAAGCUUCCACUGAGCUAUCCUGGAUGACUAUGGCGCGAGAAAAGACCCGAAGCCUUCAGCAACUAUUUACAUGCACACUGAAUGACCUUGCUGGCCUGCAGACAGCCCCACGGCCAGCUGCAUCUCCAAUGACCCAGAUAUCUUCACAGCCCAGUGCAGGAACUAUAAGGCCCAAACAUCAAGUGCCUGCACAGCCCAUUGUCAUUCCACCAGAGACCCAACUACCACUUGUGCAUGCCUUCGUAAGAGCAGCACAUCCAGCCCAAUCUCCACCUCUGAAAACUUCCAUCAGCCUGGCACAGCCAUCCAUUGAUCAGUCAGGAGGAGUAGAAUUCUCCUUAAAGCAAACUCUUUCAACGACAAAUCAAAUUCCACUAACUUAUCUCAGUGGCAGACAAGGACAAAUGUCUACCAACUCAGCUAAAAAAAUAGUGCAAUCAACAGGAAUGUAUAUGCCAUCUACCCAAACAAUGCAAGAAGCACAACAGCAAUUAUCAGAGUCAAUACAUCAUGCCCAUCCAAUCCAGCAAACUCAGGCACAAAGUGUGACAAAACCUCAAGCAUCACAAUCUUUUCGUCUAUCACUGAGCCCAAAGCUGACACCCCAUCAGCCUGCUAAUCAGUCACCAUCACCACUUUCACAGUACAGGCCUCUUGUGGAAAACAUAUCUUCUUUGCCUUUUGGGAAAGUGGACUGGACUUCUGUGUCCGAGGGAAAAAGCCGAACAGAGAGCCAGGCUCAGUAUGCAGGAGGCCUUGGGAGAAAAGCUUUACUUAUAGAGCAACAGCACCACCAAAAACCUGAUGCAGUCAAGGUAGUAGACCAGAAAUCUACGCCAGUCUCCCAAACUUAUCAGUCUUUGGAUGAAUUGCUAACCAUUUCCAGUCAUAAGAAGUUCACAGAAUUAGCAGUUUCCCCUCGUCCUAUGAGGCUAGACCGAGAGGUCAGAUGGCAGAAGAAAACAGAACCACCACCAUCACCUCCUUCAUCAUGUCUUCAGCCAAACAGUGAUAGAAGACAGCCUUUCUGGAUGGAGCUGGCAAAGAGGAAAUCUAUGGCAUGGAGUGAUAAGACUAUGGACUGAAUUAGAUAUGAGCACAUAAUAAAUUUGAAAAUAUUGAGAAGGACUAAGAAGAAAGAGUAUCUGAUUUAUCAAGUUUGUGAUAAAUCACCAUAAAACACACAUUUACACUUUUCCCCUAUAUCUUUAUUUAUGUUGUUCUCAGGAUUAUCACAGUGUUAUAAUAUUUUUAUUAAAGUCUUAUAAUAUAAUAUAUAAAAUACAUUUUUAUCUAUUUAUGACAUCAUUUUUGCUUGAAUAAAUUGUGACCAAUUUAAAUUAUAAGUUAAUAUAUUGAAUUACAGAAUUAAGUCCCUCUUAGAAGAGGUAAAACGAUGAUAAGUUUGUCGUUGAAACUUUAAGGAAUAUGAAUAAAAUAUUACAGGUGUACUAGACAAUUAUGUACAAUUAAACUUAAUUUUGAUAAGGAUUUUGCAAUGAACUUGUUUUAUUGGUUUGAGGGAAACAAUUUGACUUAUGUAUCAUAAUGAUUAUUUCUCAGUAUACUGGAUUUCUAAAAACUUCAGUAAAUAAGUUUGAAUAACUAUUUGGAUUUUAAUAUGAAUGGAGACCAGUGUUUUUCCACAAUUUACUGAAAUUCAGCACAAUUAUUUAAGAAUGCAAUAUUUAAACAAAAGUGUUAUAAAUUGGAAUCUGGUAAAGGGCUCAUCAUUGUUGAUUUUUUUUUUAUAUAUAUUUUUUAACACAAAGUCCCAUGACCAAGUCAUUAUAUUUACUAUUGAGUUCUUAUAGUUAUUAGCAUAUCUGACUGGUAAAUUUUUAGGAUGGAUUUAAAAACUCUCAACUCUUCAAUGAGGCCUUUAAACAAUGUUAAUUUGGAUUUAAUGUCGCCUGACGGUGUAAAAGACUGAAAUAAAAACCUAUAACCCAUUUUUAAAGCGUUCAUUCG